AUGUCUACGACGAUCGCAUCGCACGCCAACAUCACUGACAACGUGAUCAUUACUCUCAAUGGCCCUGACUUGGACGAUCUAUCGCCACAAAGUCUGAUCAUUGGUGACCUGGACACGCCUUCAAUUACUCUAAGCCCGAGCCAGGACUCGACUGCGACUUCGGACACUGACGUCGACUCGAUUGACUGGGCUAGCUCCAACUCCGCGCCAAGUUUUCGCAGCGAACGAUCAAAUUCCUCGUCAAGCACCUGCUCAGCUCAAGCAGCUGGCCUUCGUCUCGCAGCCAUCCUUCGGGCAGCAAGUGCCCAGGCAAAAGGACAUUUUUUGGUCACGAACAGCAACCUAUCUAGGUCUUCCCACCUGA